GAAAAGAAAAGAACGACAAAACAUUUUAGCAUACAAUGCUAGCAUCUAGCGUUAGGUUUUUUAAUUAUAAAAAGUUAUAAAGACAGUGAAUUAACACCAAAUACUCGCCUCUUCAGCAGGGGGCAGUGUGUCUCCGAUGGCUGUUGUCUUCUGUUCUUCAGUGUGAGAGAAGAAGAAGACGUAUUGGACACAAACAUGGCGGCGGCUGCUGCCUGUUAGCACGGCGAUGUCUGACCGGAAGUUACUGUGAGAUUUACCCGUGCUCUCGUGACUCCGCGCGGCCGCCAUGACAACACUGAGCGCGGCCACGCGUUCGUGGUUCUCACUUCUGCGGCGAGCGCAUGCAUACAGCUGCUACAGGUUCCCACCCCUCCGCGCGCCUCACCUGCACGUGCAACUGCUGCCACCUGCCGGAAACACGAGGUCCAGAGCGUUCACGUGUUCUGUGCGAAGUUUAAAGAGCUCGGACGUGUUUUACGGCAGACGGUGGACAGGGGGCGCCACUGAGGAGGAUGAGGAGUUAAUGGAGGACAGUGAGGUGGAGGAGCUGUUCCAGCAGCAGGUCCCUUCAGGAACCACAGGGGGGCAGCACCGGGUCUUCAUCGUCCAGCCUGACGUGAAGUGGGGCCACAGGAAGCAGCACCUGACCACAGCCGAGCUGAUGCUAGCUGAGGCUGUGGGACUGGUCAACACUCUGGACAACUGGAAAGUCGUGGACAAGAUGGUCCUGUCCACCAAGACACCAGAGAAGAAGAAGAUAUUUGGAAAAGGAAAUUUCCUGGUUCUCACAGAGAAAAUCAGACAAACGUCAGGAAUCACGGCCGUGUUUGUCAACGUGGACCGUUUGUCUCCUCUGUCUGAGAGAGAGUUUGAGGACACGUGGGGAGUUAAAGUUUUUGACAGAUACUCAGUUGUGCUUCAAAUCUUCCGCUGCAACGCCAGAACCAAAGAGGCCAAGUUACAAAUCUCACUGGCUGAGAUUCCUCUGCUCAGAUCUCGUUUGAAAAAUGAAUUUGCACACAUGGAUCAACAGGGAGGAGGAGCCAGAUACAUCGGAGGUUCAGGUGAGACGCUGUUCGAGGUCCAGCAGCGUCUGCUGAAGGAGCGCGAGACCAAGAUUCGCUCUGCGCUGGAGAAACUGCGGAAGAAGAGGCUCCUGCUGCGCUCUCAGCGCAAACGCAGUGAGUUCCCCAUUGUCUCUGUGCUAGGAUACACAAACUGUGGAAAAACCACUCUGAUCAAAGCACUGACCGGUGACAGCGUCCUCCAGCCCAGAAACCAGCUCUUCGCCACCCUCGAUGUCACUGUCCACGCCGGUCAGCUGCCCAGUCACAUGACCGUUCUGUACGCGGACACCAUCGGCUUCCUGUCACAGCUGCCUCACCAGCUCAUCGACUCCUUCUCUGCCACUCUGGAGGAUAUUAAACACUCUGAUCUGUUAAUCCACGUCAGAGACAUCAGUCAUCCAGAGACAGAGAAUCAGAAGGUGAAUGUACUGAAUGUUCUGAAGAACCUGGAAAUUCCCGACUCCCUGAUGAGCUCCAUGAUAGAAGUUCACAAUAAAACCGACCUGCUCAACAAUUACCAGAGUCCACAGGUGGACACUGUGUGUCUGUCCGUGUCGGCUCUGCUGCAGAGAGGUCUGGACGCGCUGAAGUCGGCGGUGGAAGAGAAGAUUGUGCAGUCGACAGGGAAACUGGUGUUAGAUGUGAGAGUGGAGCUGAGCUCAGAUCAGUUAAGCUGGUUGUACAGAGAAGCUACAGUUCAGGACGUUAAGGUGAAUGCAGAAGACGGCUCCGCCCUCGUGCAGGUCAUCAUCAGCACGGCUGCGUACGGACGCUACAGGAAACUGUUCACAUGACGAGAGACACUGAGGCUUCCACUGAAACAAUGACAUUAAUAAACUGAAAAAUAUACAUAAACAUGAGAUUCAUUCUCCACAGACAGCAUUUCAGUGAACACAGCGUCACCAUAGAAACACCAUCACUUUAGAAACUCAUAGGUGUAAGGCCACACCCACUGUGAAGAGUUAAAGUGAUGUGUUCAUGUAAGUGCUUUAAAAAAAAAAAAAAAACUACUGAAUAUACUGUACAGAGAAUUAAAAU